AUGAUUUAUUCGCCCGAGUAUACUACUAAUAUCGAUCAACAACACCAGCAACAAUUGCAACAAAUUAUCUAUGAAGAUGAUCAACAGUCACUACAAUAUUUGGAACAACCUCAGGCGCAUAUAGAUUCAAGUCAACCAUUAGCAAAAUGUAGCGUUCUUUAUUUGGGUACAGCUUUAUCAUCGCCUGGUCAACGAGGGAUCGACGCUGUGCAAGAACCGCUGUCAAGAAGAUAUCCCGUUGAUGGAACAGAUACCGUUAGAGGUAUUGAAGCUUGGUUAUCCGUGUAUGAAAAUGGUCUUCAACUACAAUUUGCUUGUGAUCCGUCUGUAGUUCUCUUUUAUCCAAUUCGUUCACUUGUGUAUUGUGCAUCAAUUCGUUUUGCCACUAGAACUCAAACUGGUGCACAAUUUCCUAGUGGUUGGCGUUUUGUUCCAUUAGAUUCACCAGCGGCUGCUCGCGUAGAAAACACUCAAAAUCCACCAUUAUAUUGUUCAAUAUUCCGUCGAACAAGACAUUUACCUGUCGAUGAAUGUCAUUGUUUCGUGACAAAGACAAGACAAGCUGCGCUGGCUUUAGUACAAGCGUGUUUUAGUGCAUAUCAGGCAACUAGUACCCAACAGGAUUGCUCAAAAGUACCACUCUAUUUCAAAGUUGAUGACUAUGGAUCGAAAAACAAAGAAAUCGACAGUGAAAUUCGUAUCGUUCCUUCACCCGAUCGUGAACGUACGUUAGACUAUCAGACAAACACGGAAGGACCUGGUUUCUUUUAUAAAACUGAUCGUGUCCCAAUUGAUUCAUGGCAACUAUGGGAACAUCAUAAACACGAUCUCGAUCAAGACAUAUCGUCAAAAUGCUCGACAUGCUCUUCCUCUCGUUCGCGAUCAUCGAGUUCAUCUUCAUCGUGUAGUUCUUGUUAUCAUCGUCGAGCACGUCAUCAUCAUAGAAAGAAACAUCGCCGACGACAUUUAGCUUCGAUUCCGCCAACACCGAGAGGCAGAACACCAACAGCUUUACUGCACCAACCACAUUCUGAAACAAGUACAGCUGCUACGAUUACACUGCCCACAAACGCUCCUCCAAUUGUCGAUCCUUAUGCACCUGCUCCGAAUCUCGUCAAAGUUGAGAAGAUAAAAGAUGUCAAUUCAGGUAAAGACGUUUUUAUUCGCUGGAUCCACGAUGAGACAAAGAAAGAACAGCCAUCAAUGACAACCGUUCCUCAACAAGCUUAUUCAACGAAACCACCAGAUGGUCAACAACUGCAACUACGUCCUUACUCUCAACCAUCGUUUCGAACGCGAGGAAAGGAGUCACCCACGCCUGUUCCAUCCGACAUUCAACAUAUCGCUCGUAUCGACGAACAUUUGAGAAAAUCACUCCAACUGGACGAUCGAGAUAUUGAACCGAGAAGACAGACGCUGAGAAGUGACCUCAUUGACAUCGUUGACUAUGAAGUGAUCAGCGGUUAUUUCGAAGAUAAAUACGGGAAAAAACGAGCAGUCAAAGUAAACAAACAACAACACGAUCACGCUCCAAUCAGAGACUAUAAAUCGUUAUACGGUGACGAGCCAAUAACAAAUCCGACAGGUUAUAUCAAAGUUAAAAAACGUCGUCGUCCUCAACAGCAAGCACCACAACAACAGUAUGUUCAACCUCUACCUAAUUCUCAAUUUCUUCAACAUAAUCCGAUGAGACCCUAUACACCUGCGUUUCUACCUCGUUCGACAUUUCCAGCGCAAACACUUACAACCGCUUCACUAAUGUCGAGACCAACGAUGUGGGGACAAACACCGAUCCCCUGGCAACAACCACUUCAACAUAUACCAACGAUGCACGCAACUACUGGAAGGAUCGGACAACAAUUGACAAGUCCAUUUUGGCGUUAA